GAAAGAAAUGAUUUUCCCCAAAUUUUUCUUAGAAUGCGGGUAUAUCAUAGCACCACAAGCAUAGGAAGAAGGCGCGAACCAAAAUGCAAUGCUGCAGCAGCACCCUUCACUAUGCUACCGUUUUCUAUCCUCAAACCCAUAAAGUAGUCAAAGCUCGUUCUUUUCAGCCAAGGCUUUCAGUUACUCCACCACCGCACAAAACCCACACACAAGAAACACGAACCUCUCACGACGAUGACAAACCGAAGCUGAUAACCAGCGCUUCAAACCCAUUCGUGAAGCACUGCCUCAAGCUCCGCAACAACUCUUCUUAUCGCCGCUCCCAUGGUUCCGUUCUUGUUGUUGGUGCCACACCUAUCAGGGAAAUCUACAGGUUUCAAGAAUCAUUACAAGAUGAAAGUAUUAUAAUGGACUAUUUGAUUAUUCCUGAUAAAGCUGAAAUUCCCAAUGGGUUGGUUACGUCUACUGCUUCUAUUGUACAUGUGAGUUCCAUAGUGAUGAGAAAGCUUUCAGGACUACAAUCGACUGACUCUGUUGAUGCAAUUGCCCUAAUUAAAAUUCCUGACAGUGUUUUCAAUUUAGAUGGCGAUCAAAACAACUGCUACAAGUGGUUUCCAUCUGCACAUCGGAUCUUAGUGCUUGAUGGGAUUCAGGAUCCUGGUAACCUUGGUACAUUGCUCAGAUCAGCUGUGGCCUUUAGAUGGGAUGGUGUUUUUCUUCUUCCUGGCUGCUGUGAUCCAUUCAAUGAGAAAGCUCUCCGAGCUAGCCGAGGCGCCUCUUUUCAGCUCCCUGUGGUUUCUGGCAACUGGAAUCAUCUUGAAUCUCUGAAAGAAACAUUCCAAAUGAAAUUGCUUGCUGGGCAUCCGGAGCACGAAGGAUUGGACAAGCGAGUUUGUUUGCUUUCUCCAAGCUUCUGUGAUUCCUUAUCAGAUACACCACUGUGCUUGGUCUUGGGAAGUGAAGGAAGUGGCCUUUCAGGAAAAUCCCUGCAUGCAUGUGAGCUUGUGAGCAUUGCAAUGGCUGGAGAAUAUGAAUCACUCAAUGUUUCAGUUGCUGGUGGAAUUUUCUUGUAUAUGCUACAGCCGGAAAAUAGAUGAUCUUGUAAGCCCUGGUCGGAUGGGCUGUAUUGCAAAGUCCCAAAUUGACUAGAGGUAUUAUCAGAGUAACUCUUAGAAAGGGUAGAGCAAUCCUCACCCUAAGCUAGUUUUUGGCUAGUUUUUUGUAGAAUUAGGCCUGAAUUCUAAGAAAAAGGUUGAGUUAUGUUCAUAAAUUGCUAGCGCCUGUCCCCCGAUGACAAUCA